AUGGUACAAGGGAUUUAUAGGGUGCUAAAACCAGGUAGAGUGUAUAUACUCGUGUCAUAUGGAAUGCCGGACACAAGAGUAGGUAAUCUCAAAAAUAAAUUCUUAAAUUGGCCUAUUGAGCAAGCGCGAAUUCCUAAAGUAUUUUUAGAUCAGUUUGCAAACGUAGAGUUAUCACAAUAUCAUUAUUUUUUUAUCUGUACCAAGAAUAUAGAAUAUUAUAUUAAACGGAAUUCACUUAUACAGUAA